UUCUUUUACGCACCCAAAAAACAUUUGUCGACUCCCCGCUAAGUGGCUUAAGGAAAGCGAACUAUCCAUACGCGCCUUUCUCUCUCCUCUUCUCAUUUACGGUCGCUCUUUCAAUCAAAAACCCUAGCAAGCACUGGUCGAAUCUCCUAACCAUGGAUAUUGAAGCUGAGAUUCGGGAACUGCAGCUUGACUCGACAGGUGGAAUUAUAAAAGAGAGUAAUGGGGUGGUUAAUACAGAAGAUGCACUGCCAGAAGAAGUGGAGAAGGUGGAUAAUAUGGAGGAAGAUUCAAAAGAUAAUAUUACUCUACAACCUAAGGAAGAACAGGCUGAGUUGAAAGUAAAAGACAAGGAAGUUUCUGUAGAUGUUGAAAUACCAGAUGAGGUGGAAGAGGACAAUAAAAAGCGGCAUUUGAAUGUGGUUUUUAUUGGGCAUGUUGACGCUGGCAAGUCCACAACUGGAGGUCAGAUACUUUUCCUAAGCGGUCAGGUUGAUGAUCGGACAAUCCAAAAAUAUGAGAAAGAAGCUAAGGACAAAAGUAGAGAAAGCUGGUAUAUGGCGUAUAUUAUGGACACUAAUGAAGAGGAGAGGGUUAAGGGUAAAACAGUUGAAGUUGGACGAGCACAUUUUGAAACAGAGACAACUAGAUUUACAAUUUUAGAUGCACCUGGUCACAAGAGUUAUGUACCAAAUAUGAUUAGUGGAGCAUCUCAAGCUGAUAUUGGUGUACUGGUGAUUUCUGCUCGGAAAGGAGAAUUUGAAACUGGGUAUGAGAGAGGUGGGCAGACCCGUGAGCAUGUUCAGCUUGCAAAGACAUUGGGGGUGUCUAAGCUUCUUGUUGUUGUUAAUAAAAUGGAUGAUCCCACCGUCAAUUGGUCAAAGGAAAGGUAUGAUGAAAUUGAAUCAAAGAUGAUACCAUUUCUAAGGGCUUCAGGCUACAAUGUGAAGAAAGAUGUCCAGUUCCUACCAAUAUCUGGUCUGCUUGGUACAAACAUGAAAACAAGAAUGGAUAGUAAGGUAUGUUCAUGGUGGGAUGGCCCAUGUCUUUUUGAAGCUCUUGAUGCUAUUGAAGUUCCUCUACGAGAUCCAAAAGGUCCUUUCAGGAUGCCCAUUAUUGACAAAUUUAAAGACAUGGGAACUGUAGUCAUGGGCAAAGUAGAAUCUGGUACUGUAGCUGAGGGUGAUUCCUUGCUGGUCAUGCCAAAUAAGACUCAGGUGAAAGUCGUUGCUAUAUACAUCGAUGAAAAUAAGACUAGACGUGCAGGGCCAGGAGAAAAUCUGCGCAUCAGAUUAACUGGAAUUGAUGAUGAAGAUAUAUUGGCAGGUUUUGUCUUGUCAAGCAUUGCAAGGCCGAUAGCUGCAGUUACAGAAUUUGUUGCUCAAUUGCAGAUUCUUGAACUGCUCGACAAUGCAAUUUUUACAGCUGGCUAUAAGGCUGUUCUGCACAUUCAUUCUGUAGUUGAGGAAUGUGAGAUAGUUGAGCUGCUUCAACAAAUUGAUCCAAAAACAAAGAAACCUAUGAAGAAGAGAGUUCUCUUCGUGAAGAAUGGUGCUGUUGUUGUGUGCCGUGUUCAGGUAAAUAACAUGAUAUGCAUCGAGCCGUUUGCUGAUUUUCCACAACUUGGCCGGUUCACUCUUCGAACUGAGGGGAAAACAGUUGCUGUGGGGAAAGUCACAGAACUUUCUUCAGGUUCUAGAUAUUAAACAAUUUUGAAAUUAGAGGCUGAGUCAAAAUGAUAGCUUCUUUUUUUUGUGUACUUUUGAGCGCCGGCAUGUCCACAACUCGUUCAAAAUAUAAGUCGAUUCAGAUAUUUUGUGGAGGAUCGGGUAGUUGUUAUAUGGAGAGACGUACUAUUGUUGCUGGUGCGGUGUGUUCUUAAUACCCAUUUCAUAGGCAUUGAUGCUUUAGAUGUUCUGAAUGUAGAGUAUAUACCUGAUUUACCCACAUCAUAUUUAUUAUAAUCAGUUUUAUCUAUUAAAGCUUUCUCAACUUGAUUGUAAUUUAGCUUACUUAAUUCCGUAAGUUUGGCUUGGUGUUCAAUUUUCCA